AUGUUUGUCGCGGCCAUAGUCUUCAUGAACCUCGCCCUCUACAUCCAAAACAAGCGCGACAACAACAGUAAGGAAGACUGCUCGCUGGAGGACCAGUGCUCAAAUCAGCACGACACGGCGUUUGGCUUGGCUUGCAGCCUGGGUCUGCUGGGAGCCGACCAUUGGUAUGCUCAUCAUUGGCUGCUUGCCGUCCUCAAGUCGAUGUGGGCAUUUCUGCACGGUGUACUUGUUCUCAUUUACCGCUAUGGCGGCCACCAUGAUCCUUAUGCCGCGGAUUUUCCUCCGGUCUUGCUUUGGCUGUCGGCAUUUUCGUUUUUGAUGAAGAUAGUCACCAUUUUUUGGUAUCCGAUCGAUGCAUACCUCUGGUCCACCGGCGUCUAUAGCAUCCCAGGUUGCUUGGGUCGUAUCGGGGCUUGA